CAGCUGUUUUUUGUUUAUCUGUCAGCUGUCACUGUCAAAUUUCCAUGUUUUGUUUGUCUUGUUCGGAUUCAAAAUAAUUCAGUUUUUAAUAGUUAAAAAGUUGUAUUGUUGUAGAUUUAUAUAUUAUUCAGUGAUUAAAGACUAAUAGAAUGUAAUUGUGGGCUUUAUAAAAUAAUGGAUAAGCAUGAUAACGUAAUCGAUUCACAGUUCGUAGCUGAAAACGUGGGUUUUUUGGAUAGUUGUUUCGAUAACACUUUCGCGUUGCAAGCUUCACUUAUUGCAGUUAAAGAAUAUACGGCUGAAGAUUUAAAUGAAUCAAAACUGCGUAAGAAGACGAACCUAUCCGUGCAGAAUAAGACUCUGCUGGAUACAAGUAUGUGUAAGAUAAAUCAAACAUUACUUCCGGCCACAGCGAAGGAAACAAGUCGGGAGCUUAAAUGUUGGGGCUUACCGGCUGAAAUAGCGAGGAAGUAUGAAGGCAGAGGUAUAACAGAAAUGUUUGAGUGGCAGGUUAGUUGCCUAGGAAAUCCUAAGGUUCUGUUGGACUGUUGUAACCUUGUUUACUCUGCACCAACAUCAGCAGGGAAGACCCUUGUAGCCGAGAUUCUCACCAUUAAGACUAUCCUUGAGCGACAAAAGAAGGUUAUUAUAAUUUUGCCAUUUGUGUCUAUUGUAAGGGAGAAGAUGUUUUAUUUGCAAGAUAUUCUAUCCAGUUCUGGCAUCAGAGUGGAAGGGUUUAUGGGCUCACAGUCGCCCCCUGGUGGGCUUCAGGCUGUGCACGUCGCUAUUUGUACCAUAGAGAAGGCAAACAGUUUAGUAAACAGACUUUUAGAAGAUGGAAGCAUCACCGAUUUGGGCGCAAUCAUAGUUGACGAGUUACAUCUGCUAGGUGACCCGCACAGAGGUUACAUACUGGAAUUACUACUAACAAAAGUGAAGUAUGUUUCAUCUCAGCUAGAGGAAGCAAACAUACAAAUAGUUGGAAUGUCUGCAACAUUGCCUAACUUAGAAGUUCUGGCUAGAUGGCUAGAUGCUGAGUUAUUUGUAACUCAAUUCAGACCAAUUCCAUUAGAUGAGUAUUGCUUGGUAGGAAAUAAAUACUAUGAUAAAGAUGGAAAUGAAAUUAAAGCCCCGCAAGAUUCAGAAUCAUCUUUUGGAAAUGAUCAAGUCCUGAAAAUUUGUUUUGAUACCAUAAAAGAUGAUUGCUCUGUUCUAAUAUUCUGUAUGACAAAAGCCAGAUGUGAAAGUUUGGCCCAGAAUGUUGCAUCAUCCUUUUUCAAGAUAGGUUGUUCAGGUAAUGAUAUGGCAAAAAUUAUGAGAAACCAACUGAAGUCUGACAGUAUUUUAGAAGUAUUAGAACAGCUAAAAUCAUGCCCAGUGGGAUUAGACAAUGUUUUAAAAAAUACAAUUUCAUUUGGUGUUGCUUACCACCAUGCUGGUCUAACAUUUGAUGAACGAGACAUCAUUGAGGGUGCAUUUAAAACUGGGGCGAUUAGAGUGUUAGUAGCAACUUCCACCUUAAGUUCUGGUGUAAAUUUGCCAGCUAGAAAAGUUAUCAUAAGGACUCCAGUAUUCCAAAGGCAGCCAAUGAAUAUUUUGACAUACAAACAAAUGAUUGGUAGAGCUGGAAGAAUGGGCAAAGACGUAAAAGGAGAAAGCAUAUUAAUAUGCACAGAACAGGAGAAAAAUAUAGGAUUCAAUCUGAUGAUGGGUGCACUACAACCUGUUAAGAGCUGUAUAGAGAGUGAAGACAAGUUUAUGAGAGCUGUCCUAGAAAUGAUAGCUAGUGAGGUGGCUUGCACACUAGAUGAGCUUGAUUCAUAUUCCAAAUGCACCUUAUUAUUCACCCAAAAAGAUUUAACAGAUACUCAGCAGUGUUUGCUGGAGAACACCUUGGAUGAACUAAAAAAUUUCGAACUGAUCAGAAUUCAGAAUGAUUCUGAAGUGAAGAAGUAUGUGGCUACAUCAUUGGGCAAAGCAUGUUUGUCUUCUUCCAUGGCUCCAAAUGAUGGACUCUCAUUAUUUUGCGAGCUUCAAAAAGCUAGACAGUGCCUUGUUUUAGAAACAGACUUACAUCUUAUUUAUUUGGUAACACCGUACAGUGUCAGUAGCCAGUGGGGGGACAUAGACUGGCUGCACUUGCUCACACUGUGGGAGUCAUUGACAAGAGCUAUGAAAAGAGUUGGGGAAUUGGUUGGAGUACAAGAGAGCUUCAUAAUACGAUGUGUUAGAGGAAAUAACAAAAUGACUACUGCUUCCAACAAGAUGAAUAUUCAUAAGAGGUUUUACACAGCACUGGCUCUACAGGAUCUUGUCAAUGAAGUUCCGUUGUAUGAAGUGGCAGCAAAAUUUCAGUGUGCUCGAGGUUUUCUUCAAAGUCUUCAGCAGGCAGCUGCUACGUUUGCGGGUAUGGUUACAGUAUUCUGCCAUCAGUUGGGAUGGAAAAAUAUGGAGAUGCUGGUUUCACAGUUUCAAGACAGGUUGCAUUUUGGAAUACAUUCUGAAUUAUUAGAACUCAUGAAGUUACCCUCUCUCAAUGGGUUAAGAGCUCGAUCUCUUUUUAAUGCUGGGUUUGAAACUAUAGCUAGUAUUGCAUCUGGUGAAAUUAAUGCAAUUGAGAACUCGCUUGUUAAAGCAGUUCCAUUUCAAAGUGAAAAACAACGAGAAGAUGAUGAUAGCAGUGAUAUAAGAAAACGGAAUAAAAUUAAAAACGUUUGGAUUACGGGCAAUUGUGGAAUGACCACAAGGGAAGCUGCUGAAAAUCUGGUAUACGAAGCUCGAAAGUAUGUGGAACAUGAACUUGGAGUUAACGACAUUAAAUGGAAUAAGGAAAAUCCGAAUACAGAUAGCAUCCAGGCCACUAAUAGUGUUAGCAAUGAUGAAUUUAGCCAAAAACUAAAACACAAAACGGUUGAUAUAAACGCAAAACAAGAUACUGUGGAUAUUAAUACACAUGGAGACCCCGGAACAGAUAUUAAGGUUACAGAAAAUGUGAAUGAAAUUAUUCUAGAGGGUGAAAACACAAUUUCGAAUAAAACAGUUAAAAUUGAAACCGAAAACUAUCCCCUAGAAGUAGUUGAUACCUCUGACAAUAAAAAACCUUUAAACAAUAAAUUUGAAAGUAGCAACACAAAUUUAAACGCUAUUCCUCAUGCAAUAAAUACCAAAAGCCCUACUUUAACAAAAAUAAAAAGCCAAAUAUCAAUGUUGAAAGAGGAAAUUGUAUGGGACUCCUUAAAUUUUACAGAAAAUGGAUUUUCCAAUACAAGUAAAAGCAGAAUCUCAGACCAAAUAUUUUCCCCUGAAAUGAGUUUUUGUGAUGUUGAAGAAAAAGAUAAACUAGAAACAUCACAAUCGUCGUCUCUAGUUAGCAACAGUACAAAAAAAGAUGUUAGCCUCUUUUCGUUUGACGGCGAUAAUAGCAGUCUUUUCGAAGAUAGCUUGCCUUUAGAUUUAAUACCCAGCAAACUGUUGGAAACCAGUAUCGACAAAAUAAAUAUAAAAAUAAAAGAGCCUACCGAUUUUACCAUAAAUACAAAUUCCAUUUUAAAUGCAUUUCAAUCAGCUUUAGACUACAAUAUAGACGAAGAUGAAAACAUUAAGCUGAUUUACGACGAUGAAAAACAAGUAUGUAGUACUCCUAGUAAUUCAAGCCCAACUACUGAGAAUGAACAAAUAAUAAAUGUAUUUAAAAAGGAACAAACUUUAACAAAUAAACGACAUAUCCCAGUCUGUACAUUACUUGAACCAGCAGUUAAAAAGCAAAAAAUUGAUCAACCGACUUUACCGGUUAACGUCUCCGAAAUAAAGCAAGCAUUUACGAAAAUAAAUAACAAUAAAUCUGAACAAUUCACAUUGAAUGUUGGUGAAAAUAAAAUAAACUGUUACAUUUUGAGAGAAACUGAUGUCACGUCAAAAAUACAAAAGCUAUUUGGUAUCAAAAAGGCGUCUUUACUUUUAAACGUGGAAGCGGAAGAAAAGCUUCCUGUUACUGAUAUUAUUGGUUGUAAUGUUCUGAAAAUCAACCCAGAAAGUCACAAUAAGAAUAAAACGAACAGAUCCGUUAUCAAAACAUUAACUAUAUGUUUGGAAGCUGACUGUGUCAUAUCAUUUGAUUUAUCUAUUUUCGAUAAGUCCUCAACUACUUUUGGAAAAGUUUUGGAAUGGCUCACUACUGAUAAUUUACAAUUAGAUGUGUUAUCUUCCAAAUCAAUACAUUCAAUACUUAGAAAGAAUAUCGGCAUACAAUUAUCAACCUUACCAUUUGAUAUUUCCUUAGCAGAAUGGUUAAUAAAUAGUGAUGAAAAGGUACCUUCUUUACACUACCUGGCAAAGAAAUAUUGUGGCAUAGACUUGUCGGCGAAAAAAUACAAAAACUCUCUAACAGAGACAUGCGUAAACGCAUGGGCUAUAUGGAAGGUAGCAGAGGUACAAAGGAAAUGUUUAAAAGAACAAUAUGCAGAAGAUCAACGAGUGUUAGAUCUAGAAAUCCACGUAGCAAAAAUUUUAGCAAAUUGUGAAUUUGACGGAUUGACCGUAGAUAAAAAUCUAGCCUCUCAACUACUUAUAGAUGUUAAAGACUCUCAAGAAAUUUUACAGAAGAAUGCGUAUAAAAUAUGUGGACAUCAUUUUAAUUUCAAUUCUUCCAAAGAUGUUGCAAAGGUACUUGGCAUAUACAAAGGACAUAAAGUAAGCACAAAGAAAAGCGUAUUGACGACACACAAUACCCCUCUAUCAAGCAUCGUGAUGUACUGGAGGAAACUCAAUUCUAUUUUGACUAAAACUUUGUACCCGUUGACGGAAAAGGCAGUUAUUUACAGCGAAGGGAAUCGGGUAAACCCGGCCUACACGAUGUUUACUUGCACCGGGCGGAUAUGCAUGCACGAGCCAAACCUACAGAAUGUGCCGAGAACGUUCUCGAUACCUGCCCAAUAUUUACAAGAGAGCAACGAACACUGUGACGAUAUAAUUGAGUUCAACUGCCGAAAUAUAUUCAAAGCGAGUCCGGGAUACGUCAUAGUGUCUGCUGAUUAUUGCCAGUUGGAAAUGAGGAUUUUGACGCACUAUAGCAAAGAUGCGGUGCUUACGAAAAUUAUGUGUUCCGACUUGGAUGUUUUCAAGGCGAUUGCCGCGUCCUGGAGUUGUGUGGCUGAAGAUGAUGUGGACGAUGAUCUUCGUCAAAAAGCCAAACAAUUAUGCUACGGAAUAAUAUAUGGAAUGGGAAACAAAACGUUGGGACAGUUGCUAGAUGUUACCGAAAUGGAAGCGGCAGUAUUUAUGGAUACGUUCCACAGAACGUACCCGGCCAUAAAGGUGUUUAUUAACAGCGUUAUUGAAGAAUGCAGGAAAAACGGAUACAUUCAAACUCUAAUGAAACGGCGACGGUAUCUUCCCGAUAUCAAUAGCAAGAUUGUGUCCAAGAAAAGUUCAGCGGAGAGGCAAGCCGUAAACACCACGAUCCAGGGCUCAGCCGCCGACAUCGCCAAGGCAGCCAUGUGUGAAAUAGACAACAGAACCGACGGAUUGGACGAUCACAACAAACCCCGUCUUAUCCUGCAAAUGCACGAUGAACUGAUCUAUGAAGUGCCUGAAGCGAACAAACAUAAUUUCGUUUCAAUCUUGAAACACGUGAUGGAGAAUACGGUUCGACUGAACGUGCCUUUACCCGUCAAAGUGAAAACCGGGCCCUCUUGGGGGUCCCUCACGGAUUUAAAAUCAUGAAUUAGUUAUAAGUAUUGCUUUUACCCAGUCUGCACCGUCUGUGAUACUAAAUUAGAACAUUGUUAUUUUAACGGGUAUAGCAUUAAACCGUACUUUAGAUA